CAGAAAAGUGGAGCAACAGCUGAAUCCCUUUUCCGUCUGAUCGUCUCAGCUUUCCUCAUUUUCGCAACACAAAACAUCUGUCAACUACCCUAAAGACACCUAACUAACCUAAGAUACUUCCUAAGACUGGAAGUUAUUAUAAAGGUUUUGCACCUCCUAACAUCUGUUAGUGUUCAACUGCUACGUGCGCUACGAUUAGAAGCCAGCGGAUUUGCGCCUAGCCCCUCCCGAUUGGAUCGACGGCGCACAUCCGUCCCGAGGCUAAUUCGAUUUGGUCUUUCAUUAGAGCCUUCUCUCGUAUUGUUAGCCAGUCUAGCUUAUUCUCUUAAGUCGAGUCGGCAGAUUAUCUUCUCCUUUUAUAACAGAGUGCUCGGUAAAUUAUAAGUUAUUCGAAACAUGCGCGACUAACUUAUUGUUACCCUUAAAUGACGAUAACGACCCCUUGAUCGACAUUCCUCAACCACCGAAUCUGUUCUGCUUACAAGCCAGACCCUGCUCUACCCUAAUAGCGUCGUCCUACGUCUUUACCAUCUAAGCAUAUAUAUCGCUCAUAAGGUCUCUUCCACCCCCCAUUAUUUACAAUGGCCACCACCGCCGCGUCUGUUCCGAGCAACGGCUCUCCUCGUCCGAAUCCCCAAAUACAGCCAUGUAGAUACAAGGUGGGAAAGACGUUGGGCGCGGGCUCAUAUUCUGUUGUAAAGGAGUGUGUACAUAUUGAUACUGGUCGUUACUAUGCCGCAAAGGUUAUUAACAAGAGACUAAUGGCCGGUCGCGAACAUAUGGUUCGAAAUGAGAUUGCCGUCCUUAAAAAAGUCUCGAUGGGCCAUCAAAACAUCCUGACCCUCGUCGACUACUUCGAGACGAUGAACAACCUUUACCUUGUAACCGACCUUGCGCUCGGCGGGGAGCUCUUCGAUCGGAUCUGCCGCAAAGGGUCGUACUACGAAUCUGAUGCUGCCGACCUGAUUCGCGCGACACUAUCUGCAGUCGCGUAUCUCCACGACCACGGUAUCGUACAUCGUGAUCUUAAGCCCGAGAACCUACUCUUCCGUACUCCCGAAGACAACGCCGACCUUCUUAUUGCCGAUUUUGGCCUGUCGCGUAUUAUGGAUGAAGAGCAAUUCCACGUCUUGACGACGACUUGCGGCACCCCAGGAUACAUGGCGCCCGAGAUCUUUAAGAAGACUGGCCACGGCAAACCAGUUGAUAUAUGGGCUAUGGGGGUUAUUACGUACUUUUUACUGUGCGGAUACACGCCGUUCGAUCGCGACAGUGACUUCGAUGAAAUGCAGGCGAUCCUAAACGCUGACUAUAGCUUCCAGCCAGUAGAAUACUGGCGCGGUGUCAGCGAUAACGCAAAGGAAUUCAUUCGCCAGUGCCUUACCGUCGACCCUAACAAGCGCAUGACAGCGCACGAGGCCCUAUCUCAUCCUUUCGUCGCCGACUAUAGCUUGAGCGGCGACGGUGAUAGAGGCCAGAACCUACUCCCCACAGUGAAGAAGAACUUCAACGCGCGUAAGACGUUACAUGCAGCUAUCGACACGGUGCGGGCCAUCAACAAGCUACGGGAGGGCCACGCGAAUGCUCACCUGAUGGACGGCACCCGAUCGGCAGAGCCGAGGCAGGGCGCCCCCCCGCUAGACAAGGCCGAGGUAGCAAAAGGCGACUCGGGCUACUCAAGUAUGCAGAACGAAGACGUAGAUAUGGGCGGCAUGGACCCUGACUCGGGCGUACCUGCGAGUUUAAGACCCGGCGUCGCUGCUAACCGGGUUGUUGAAACGUCGAAAGGAUUAUGGAGUGCCAGCCAGCCACGACGAUGAGGCAACACUGUAUCAUAUCGGGAGUUGGAGUUGCAUACUUUUGAGGCGAUAGGGGGGAUAAUUUUAUCUAGACUGCAUCUUGCGAGAGCGAGUGAUGGUAUAUACGGGGAUGAGACGAGAGACUGAAAACCCCUAUAGUUUUAUGACGAGAUGAGAUGGACUACCGUACGGUUAUGUACAUGAACGAGAAAGAUAGCGGUAGCGCAGCGAGCGCAUUAGCAGUCGCAUUUUUGGAUAGCGAGCGAAUAUCGGCAGAUAUAGCGAUAUGGAUCUUGCAAUGGCGGUGUUGUAAUUAGGAUAGCCCAAGUUCCGUACGGAAAUAGCCAUUUCGAGGUAUUAAUCUCACCACUAACAAUUUUGCUUUUUUAAUUACUGAAUUGUGAGGUCGAUGCAACACGGAAGAUAUCCUGUGAUGCAGAUUGCAUCGACA